UGGAACUACUCAUCGUAACUAAAUGAAUUCAUCGCAGAAACUUAUCGUAAACAUCGAAACCAAAUAACCAAAACAAAUAAAUUGAAGGCAAAUAGAGAGAUAAGUUUAAAGCCAACAAAAUAAAUGGCCACUUACUCGAACCAGCACUGGCUGCUGUCGCACAUAAGAAAUUCUUUUGUCUCCACCGACGACACCGGCAUGUGUGAGACUGUAAUGCUCAGUGACGACAUGCCCAAACACUUCUUGAGGAAAUUUCAAACUGCCACAACUACAACUGAUUCCUAUAGACGCAAGGCCUUGGCGCCUCAGCGCAAAUCCCUGCCCAACAGACCUACAACCAGCAAAAACACAGACACUGCCACGCCCACGCCCCUAGCACUGUUACAGUCAAUGGGAACAGGGCACUCUGAUCCACCGCUGCAAGAAGCAGACUUCGUCUGCUAUCCUGGCCUGGAUUUAAGUGACGAUGAGGACCUGGACACAUCCACACAUUCUUUCGAUAUACAAAUGUACUCGGAAGUGGGUGCGCACCGCUUCCGCUCAAACACGGCGCAGAAACUGGAGAAAUUAGACAUUGCGAAGCGAAAGGCGGCGCGAAUAAAAAGUGUCAACUACAACGAAGAGGUGCUGCUGCCGGAACGCAAAGACUUUUUCAAGCGCAAGACAGUUGCCCCAAAGCAGUAUCGUGGGGAACAAACCGCAAGUACUUCGACAAAGAAAAAAAGCAGCGACGACGAACUUUCUGACGAGGGUGUAAGGAGUAAGCUGUCUGAGCAGCUAGCUAAGAGUCCAAAGCAGGUGCAGAAUAAAUUUAUUGAGUAUGCGCGCUUCGAUGGCACCUCCCAGGUGGGCAUGCAAACUAAACGUAUUAACGUAUAUUUAAACAUGCUUCCCGAACCGGAUCGCAACUAUCCUCUAAAAAUCUGCGUUCUUUCAACCGCCAAGAUCAUUGAAGUCAUUGGCUUUGUAUGCUUUAAAGCAACCAAUCAGUAUCCAGAAGUGCCGCUUAAAUCAGUACGACACUAUGCGCUCUACAUGACAGAGGACAAUGACGACAUGGAAGAUUUCCCGCCAUUGGAUAACCGCGAGCCCUGCUCUAAGUUCGGAUUCUCGCAUCUGACGCUGGCGGAGCGCCGUCCACUUCCACCAGUGACGAGAGUGGAUUACCAUAGCAACUUGGUUACCAAGUCAAUGACUUCGGAAGAGGACAAAGUUAAUAUGGCCGAGGCGGCAGUGCGUGCGUUACAGAAUAUCGAUCUAAAUGGUGGCGUUGCAGAUACAGGCGGGAGCGGGAACGGAAAUGCACACGACAAAGUAAGGGAAUACGAAGAGCGUAUGCUUAGCCACAACGAAAUGCUAGAAGCGCCUAUAUAUCGAACGUACCGACUAUCUAUUAUUGACAAGCGGUUCUUUAAGUAUGAUGUCACGCUUGGAGUAUCUGGCGAGCGCAUCGAAAUAGACCAACACAAAAAUACCAAAUUCUGGCCCCAGAAAAAAUCAGUGAGCACACCAAUUGAGUCGGUAGCGCACUGCGAGAUCGUCGAGCGGCGGCAGUUAAAGGCACUGCUACGAAUUUGGCUAAAAUCAAGCUCUUCCAGCACGUCUUCAACCUGCACUUCCGCCCCUCUCACCGCCGGUAUUCCCGUUCCUCACGCUGGCAGCGGGAGUGGGGGCAGCGGCAGUGCAGGCACUGCCCACUCGCCCAACAGCCCCGGUCACUAUCCCCAGCAUGCCUCACCAUUUGGUUUCCUCAGUGGACUGCAUCACCAUCAUUCGCAUAUACGUUUCAAGCACUACGAUUUUGAUACGGACUUGCAUACCGCGGAGCAGAUAAACAAUAAACUAAACUGCAUAUUGAAGAUGCGCUCCAGCGACAUACGUCGAGAGUUCCUACAACAGCGCGAGCGCAAACAAGAGAAACAGCAGGCGAAGAAGCAACUGAAAUUGUAGUAUUUGUUCCUAUUGCGUGCCCGCUACCUUGAACUGUCUGUGUGCCUAGCGUGCGUGCAAUUCAAUGAUGAUGCCCCGUAGAAGAUAUUGACUUUCCGCACCCAAGUCCCGAACCCCCAUGGCUACCAAGGUCUCUUCAACAGCCUUAUUCUAUUUGUGCAAAUUCGCGGUUGAGUUCAGCCUAAGUGGUCGUGGUUGCUGCACGGUUGGUCUUUUUCUCUAUUUGGCUAUCCAAAUGUCGAGAUGUAUUAGUUGCUAACUAAAAAUGUGUUACACAUGUUUAUAAUUGAUAAGUAUUUAUUGAAACAAACCACAACACUUUACCGAAGCAAUCCUAUAAUAAUCCUAUAAACAGCAUCAAAGUUCA